GUGGACCCUGGGCGGCGCCCGCGGGGAGCCUUCCCGCGCAGCCGCGCCGGCCUGACGGGGGCGCUUUCCGCGUCGCAAGCGCGCGAGGAGAGGCGGGAGGGCCAGGUGGAGAGAAUAUCCAGGUAAUAGCUGCAAUUCCACCUCUGGUCUGGCUGCCAUGAAUCAUGGGAGAACUACUGGUAAAGGUCCCUCCACUCCCAUGCAGAUUUACCAGCAACCUCCAAGGCUUCUCAUUGUGCACAUCACUCUACCAUCCUGGGCUAACAUCUGCUCCAACCUCUGUGAGGCUCUCCAGAACUUUUUCUCUCUAGCCUGCAGCUUAAUGGGUCCCAGUCGCAUGUCCCUCUUCAGCUUAUACAUAAUACAAAAUCAGCAUGAGUGUAUCCUCCCCUUUGUGCAAGUGAAAGGGAACUUUGCUAGACUGCAGGCCUGCAUCUCAGAGCUUCGCAUGUUGCAGAGAGAAGGUUGUUUCAGACCACAAAGCACUUCUCUGCAGCUGGCAGUAACAGAUGGGCUCCAACAAUUCAAACAGUACAGCAGACACAUGACCACAGGUGCUGCUCUGAGUUACACUUCUCUGGAGAUUACUGUUCUGACUUCGCAGCCUGGAAAAAAGGUGGUCAAACAACUGGAGGAAGGAUUGAAAGAUACAGACCUAGGCAGGGUCAGGAGGCUUCAGGUGGUUGAGAUCACAAAGGGAGUCCUAGAAUGUAUGGACUCAGCCUCCCCUGUGGAAGAGCCCAGCAAUGAUGAGAGUUCUACCCUGGGAACCGACUUUGACCUUCAGACUAUAGACAAUGAUAUUGUCAGCAUGGAGAUUUUCUUCAAAGCCUGGCUACAUAACAGUGGAACAGACCAAGAAUAUAUCCAUCUUCUUCUUCCUUCACGGUGUUUGAGCAACAUUUCCAGAGCCAGAGAUAAUUCAAUGUGCCUGAAAUGUGAUCUCCAAGAGCGACUUCUCAGCCCAUCCCUGCUCCCUGGCACAGCUGAUGGCUCCUUGCGAAUGGAUGACCCCAAAGGAGACUUCAGCACACUCUACCAGAUGGCUUCCCAGUCAUCAGCCUCUCCUUACAAGCUCCGGGUGGUCAAGGCUCUGCAAUCCAGCGGGAUCUGCGAGUCACUGACAUACGGGCUCCCAUUCAUCCUCAGACCCACAAGCUGUUGGCAGCUGGACUGGGAUGAGCUAGAGACAAAUCAGCAGCAUUUCCAUGCCUUGUGUCACUGCCUUCUGAAAAGAGAGUGGCUGCUCUUGGCCAAAGGAGAGCCCCUGAGCCGAGGACAUGGCCAAAGAGAGCCCGCCAGCACCUUCUAUGUGAUCAUGCCAUCACGCUCCCCCACUCUGCUGGUGAAGGCGGUGGCCACGCGGGAGCUGAUGCUGCCUGGUCCCUUCCCAGUGCUGCCUGAGGACCUGCUCGAUGACAGUCUCAAGACCAUGGAGAGCCUGCUGGAUGGCCUAGAGCUGGAGCCCACCUACAACCCCUUGCAGGUUUGGAGCCACCUGUACUCACACCUGAGCAGCACCUUCUUCAAGCCUCAGGGGCGACCCCACCACGGCUGGGAGAGCCGGACCCUGAGAAAGCAUCCCUGCAAGCCUGGGCAGUUGCAGACCAACCGAGUUAGAGCCACAGUGGCCCCCCUGCCUGUGACUCCAGCCCCUAACAGAGUCCCCAAGAUGUCAGCAACCAGCAAAGCCUCCACAGAAGUCUUGUUCCAGCCUUCCAGGGAGAAGGAGGAGGAGGAGGAGGAGGGGUACCCCUCAGGGCUCUAAGUCACCAACACCAGAGGCAGCCAGCCUGCUCAACCACUUCCAUGCUAAGGCUCACACAGCAGCUUUCUUUGGUCAAACUUGCCUUCUGUCCACCUGAUGUCUGCCUUGCAUCAGCCUCUGUGAGCUCCAGGUGACUUUAGAGCCUUCCCCUCUUCUGCCAUCAGUGCUGCCACCAACCCACUCUCCUCAGGCCUGGAAGAGACACACCCAAGCCUUGUCCUUCUAGCAGGGAGCUUGGACUCAUUCUCUUUUGGAUCAUUUGAUACUGUUAACACAGAUGAAGAUUAAAUAUCCAGUAAGCCUCCACCAUUGUUAGGCUCAUUCUCUGCCCUGAAUUUCUCUUUAUAGCUCUGUGUAAGCAGAUAGAUGAGGCCAGGUCCCCUUCAAGAAACUGGGCCUCUAAGGAUGAGGUUUUCAGAGCUCAUGAAAAACAAGUAGGAUUGAAAUCCAAGCCUCAUUCCAAAGUCUACGGCCCUCCAACUACACCCACACUGGUUCCCUUCAGCAUUCUCACAGAAAAGUGGCUGAUGCUCGGUACAUACAUGCAAUUGUGUGUGUGGGGGGGGGGUUUACAUCACUGAGAACAGGGGACAGAAUGGUGUGAAAUGACCUAGUCCCUUCCUAUUCCCCUUUCCCCACCUUCCCAUCAGCGCUCUCCAUGCACAGAAUAACUGCCAUUUAUAAAAUGUUUAGUCUGUGCCUCACAUUGCACUAAGUACUUGAGAAAUUUAACUCCUUUCAUACAAACAACCCUUUUAGUAGAGUCUGUUAUUAAGUUUUCCCAUUUUUACACGGGGGUGCAGGGAAUGAGGGUUGCAGAUGUUAUACAACUGCCCAGGAUCAGAGAGAGAGAGUCAAGUCCAGGCAGGCCUGACUGGACCACCCAAGCGCUGAGCCGCCACACUGCCUGGCUCCUCUCUGUGACCCCUUCCUCCUGCCACAGCUCCCACCCCCUCCCUGGUUCUCCUCCACACCCACACAGCACACCCCACCACCAUGCCCUCUGGGACUAUUCACACACAUAGUACUCUUAAACCCAAACUGUCUUUAAUGAUAAUAAAGCUUUUUAAAAUA